GCGGCGGGUUUUUCUGUUGGAUUCUAUUGGAUUAGGAUUUUGUUCGGAUUUACUUAAAUCAUUAGUAACAUUUUCAUUUUAUGGAUCUCAAUUGGCUGAAAAGCACAACAAUUAUUCUUGUUGUUUUCGAUUCGAAGGAGAAAGUAAAUAAAUUGGUUAUCGUGACUUCAGUACCCUAGAUUACCAGAGCAGGCAGAGCAAGCCUUAUACACACCAUGAGCGUACCAGAUAAAAUAGCAGCAGCAAUUCCUACGCAACUGCUGUCGGGCCCGGCCGUGAAACUUGUUUAUACAAUAACCUGUAGUGGCGAAAAACAUACUCUUGUUUCCAUCCCAUUUGUCGUCAACAAUUUGAUUGAAAUACGAUUUAAAUGGGAUUAUUCCAAAAUAUCUGCAAAAAAAAUUAAAAUUGUAUGCAGUUUUUCAUCAAGGAGGCUAAUUCCUGAUAAAUGUACCACAAUCAAUGUGGAUUUGAGAAGCGAUAGAUUGAAAUAUGUGAAGACGUACUUCUGUCCUCCGGGGAAUUGGUCGGACUGGCAAUGCAUGGCCGAGAUAACACCACAGACGCUUCCCAAUCUCUCCGACUAUUAUUACACCACUUGUGACUACUAUAUUGCCGCAUGUAAAGUGAAAACUGAUAUGAUUUCUUCUAAGUUGUAUGAAGACACCGAUUUUACCGACUUCAAAUUGAGCACACCUGAUGGUAGUGUUGCUGUCCACAAAGCCUGCCUGGCUGUUCACAGUGACGUGUUCAAGCGGAUGCUGGCAGGAGAAUGGCAAGAGACAGACAAAUGCCUAAUAACUAUGGAAGGAAUAACUCUAGAAACACUACAACAUUUAAAGGACUACAUUUACCUGGGUACACUCCCAAAUGAUGGGCUUAAACCACUGCUACUGUUAGCAAGAUGCUAUGCUACCUUAUUGAAGAUCUUCAGGAACGCUGUAUUAAAAAACUAGCUCAAACAGUAACUUCAGAAAAUGUAUACUUGCUACAUAAAUUUGCUUGUGAGAAUAACAUGCCAGAGUUGACUUUUGCUACUUUGCAACUAACCAGGGAUUCUGUUAUUGAUAAUGCCAAGGUUAAAAAGAUGAAGUCGAGUUAAGGCAGAAGGCCAGUCUGUCAUGGCGCUGCUCCAAUAUUACAGGGUUCUAUGUUUUACUUUUAUGGAACUGAAAUUUGAACUUUAUCAUAGUGACAUUAAGUCGAAUUUCAACUAUCUUCAAAAUGUAAUAUCGGGGCAGCGAUGGAUGACCUGCCACAAGGCGUGACGUGAUGAUUUGGAUUCAUAGUGGAAUCAAAAGAUUGGCUCAGGAAAGAAAGGACUGGCAAUUACUCCACCGACAAGAGCAAAGCUCUUAAGUGAUGAUGAUGAUGAGUGGAGACUACCAUCACUACCUACUACAAUAGAUGAUUAUUGAUUUGAUAAAAAUAACUCAAUUAUAAUUUUACAAGUUGUGAAUUUGGACAUAACUUAAGCAAGUAAUUUGUGUGGGUUGCGACGGCGACGUAUGAUGAGAAUGAGCAUGCUGCUGUCGUAAGCUUGAUAAAUGGAUCUCAAUUAUUUUAAACUCGUAGUUGAUUAAGUUAUCUAUUAAAGUAAUAAUAUUUUGUUAAUUUCAUGUAAAAAUCUUUUAUGUAUGUACCUAAGGUACAACAUGUUGAUAUGA